GGCCGAACAUGGCCGAUGACGUGCGCACGUGCGUGUCCUCCUGCACUGCCUGCCAGAUUAUGAAAUCGUCGCAUCAGCGAGCAGCCGGACUACUACAGCCGUUGGAUCCGCCCGAGCGACCCUGGCAACAUGUCACGAUGGACUACGUGACAGGACUACCAGCCGGUCCCAGCGGAAACGACGCCAUCCUCGUGGUCGUUGACCGACUCAUGAAAAUGGCGCACUUCAUUGCCUGCCAACAGAUCAUCACUGCCGAACAAACCGCGCAACUGUUCCUCACGAACGUCAUCCGACUGCACGGACUGCCCUCCGCCAUCAUUUCAGACCGAGACCCGAAAUUCACAUCGAAUUUCUGGCGCCACCUGUGGGACCAAUUCGGCACCAAACUCCAAUUUUCAUCCGCCUACCACCCACAGACCGACGGGCAGACCGAACGCGUCAACCAGACCAUGGAGCAACUGAUUCGCACUACCUGUACUGAACCAUCGACAUGGGAGAAAUCCCUUCCGCUACUAGAAUUCACGUAUAAUAACGCGACCUCCGCCACAACCAACCAGUCCCCAUUCUUCCUCAACUACGGACAGGACCCAGCACAUAAGCAUGCCAUAACCCAGUGACAAGCUCCAUGGCUCCUACCAACGCGGGGGCUGAAUCUACUUUCCGAGGGAGUGCGCGAAGGCUUUAGGACUCCCAUCCGCCUCGAAACGGACCACUGUUCCGCCUCGCGACCAUCUCCCCUCCGCCACGCCGCGAUUCUCCCUGCCACCCCGAUGCAUAUCUCCUUCCGCCACGGCGCGUAUCUCACUUCCGCCAUGGCGCGUAUCUCCCUUCCGCCACAUCUCGCGUAUCUCCCUUCCGCCACGGCGCCAUUUCCCAACCUCCGGGCCGCCCAUCACCCUUCCGCCCUGGCACCCGCCUCAGUGCCACCCCUCCGCAUUUCUCCUAUCCGCCUCCACGCAUUUCAACCAUCCGCCUCGCCGCCCGUAUCCCUUCCGCCACGACGCCUUUCCAACUUCCGCCGUGACACGAUACUCCCUCCCGACUCGCCGCGACUAUCCCAACCGCCUCCCCAUGACGCUCAACCUUCCGCCUCGACGUCCUUCUCCCUUCCGCCUUGACGCCCCCCUCCCGCCCGCCACGACUCGUUUCUCCAGUCCGACGCGACGAGUUUCUCCCAUCCGCCUACACGCGAUUCUCCCUGCCGUACCUCCGCGUUUCCACCAUCCGCCUCACCGCCCUACUCCCUCCCGCCUCGCCGCCCUACUCCCUUCCGCCCCGCCGCCUCACUCCCUUCCUCCUCGACGCCCUACUCCCUUCCGCCGCGACGCCCUACUCCCUGCCGCCUCGACGCCCUACUCCCUUCCCCCUCGCUACCCUACUCGCUUCCGCCUCGACGCCCUACUCCCUUCCGCCUCAACGCCUUGUUUAGGUGCCCCUCAACACCGUCGACCUCAGGCCCGACGCACGUCACCCUUCUCAUCGUCGCCGCGCCCCACAAUUCCGCAACAGGACGAUAAACAAAGGGGGAGCAUCGCCGUCCGCCCUGACCCGCGCCGGCCGACUUCCAUCCCCACGACGCGUCCAAGCUGCCCCGCUCCCACGCUCCUCCAUCUCCACCCAUCCCGUCCUAUCUCCUCUCAUCUCCUCCCAUCCCGUCCCAUUCCCACCCAGCUCCUCCCAUCCCGGCCCAUCCCCACUCAGCUCCUCCCAUCCCGUCACAUCCCCACCCAGCUCCUCCCAUCCCGUCCCAUCCCCACUCAGCUCCUCCCAUCCCGUCCCAUCCCCACUCAGCUCCUCCCAUGCCGUCCCAUCCCUGCCCAGCUCCUCCCAUGCCGUCCCAUCCCCACUCAGCUCCUCCCAUCCCGUCCCAUCCCCGCCCAGCUCCUCCCAUCCCGUCCCAUCCCCACUCAGCUCCUCCCAUCCCGUCCCAUCCCCACUCAGCUCCUCCCAUGCCGUCCCAUCCCUGCCCAGCUCCUCCCAUGCCGUCCCAUCCCCACUCAGCUCCUCCCAUCCCGUCCCAUCCCCGCCCAGCUCCUCCCAUCCCGUCCCAUCCCCACUCAGCUCCUCCCAUCCCGUCCCAUCCCCACUCAGCUCCUCCCAUCCCGCACCAUCCCCACUCAUCUGCUGAAACAUCCCGUCCAUUCUCCCGCCAUCUCCACCCACCUCCACCCAUCUCCUCCUCCUAUCCCAUCCUAUCUCCUCCCUCCUCCUCCCAACCCGUCCUAUCCCCGUGCAUCUCGGCCCAUCUGUCCCAUCUUCGCCCGUAACUCAGGCGCUGCUCAAGUGCCGGCAUGGAAAACAGGAACGGGUCAAGGGUGCCAGUGGUUGGGGCCGUUUGUCAACAAGUGAGGCACCUAGGGAUAAAUAGCAGCCUGAGAGAUACAGUCACAGGAACUUAGAUAGCCAUAGGAAAAGAGAGAGAGAACCUCCAUCUGAUACACAGAUAGCUACAUAAUACUGUGUAGGGCCAUGCCCUUCUGAUGCCAGGGGUUUGGAUUGUAAUGUAUAAGGACAAGCAUCAAUAUUGAUCA